AUGAAAUUAAUGGUCAGCAAAUGUGGCCAUUCAUUGUGUGAAAAUUGUGUAGAAAAUAAAUUUAGUAAAGGCGUAGGAUAUUGUCCAACAUGCAACACUGAAUUAAAAAAAAGUGGAUUUCGAUAUCAAAUAUUUGAAGAUCCAUUUGUAGAACUUGAAACUGAUAUUCGAAAACGUAUUCUUAAAGAUUUCAAUCGAAAAGAACAAGAUUUUGAUUCACUCGAUGUUUAUAAUGAUUAUUUGGAAAUGGUCGAAACUUACAUUUUUAAUCUUACGAACAAAAUUGAUGUUGAAGAAACUGAACAAAAAAUUGUUGAAUAUAAAGAAACAAAUAAAGAAGUAAUCAAUAAAAAUCGAGGCAAAUUGAGUAAUGAUGAAAUAUUUAUUGAACAUUUGAUCGACAUUACCAUUUGCAUGAAGCUAAAUGACAAAUAA